CUGGCCACAAGUUUCCAAACUUUCAAACAGGGCAGGCAGACUGAGAGUCGGACAGGCCAUGUGACGGAGGAGAAUCAAGCUUUGGACAAACCACUGCACCACACACUCCAGACAAGAACGGUUGUCUUUUGAGGGGGAAAAAAAGAGUGAAGAGAAGAGAGGCAGUGUGGCUCCUUUUCAGGGGGAAUAUCCUGCACCACAACUUGUUUGUUUCCUCUUUCGUUCUCGUAUCCCAACUCCUCUCAGAUCUUGAUGCUUUGCGUUGGGAUUUGUGCUUCAAAACCAUCAAAUUCCUCUCUUGAUCUUUCUCGUUGUCAUCUGAAACAUUUUGAGGAACAUCUUUUUUCCAGAACUCCCCAACAACUGAGACAGACAUUUGCUCACUUCAACUUGGACUAAAAGUUGAAUCCAAGCCCUGUUCUGGAAUGAAUUUAGCCAAGUCCAGCUUGUCUAGAGAGACUCUUCUGCAUGCCAGCCGGAUGUCUCUCGGGGGCCACUGGGCGUCGGGGACCCCGAGUCCUGCUUCUGAUUCUGAGCUGGGUUUUGAGCAGAACAUCUCCGGGGACUGCAGUUCUCCUGAUGACCUUGGAAGCGGGAACAUGAGGAGAACAGAACCAAGGCUUUCUCUGACACCAAGUUCAGGGGGACAGAGUCCGGACCGGACCAAGGCAGGAGUUGUUUCUCCAGCCACAGCUGAUGGGAAGGCUGUGGGGGGAGAGCAGAGGAUCCGCAGGCCCAUGAACGCCUUCAUGGUCUGGGCCAAAGAUGAGAGAAAAAGACUGGCCGUGCAAAACCCUGACCUGCACAACGCUGUGCUCAGCAAGAUGCUAGGUCAGUCAUGGAAGGCCUUGAGUGCAACUGACAAGCGACCAUUUGUGGAGGAAGCAGAACGUCUCCGUGUCCAGCACCUCCAGGAUCACCCGAACUACAAGUACAGGCCUCGCCGUAAAAAGACCACCAAAAAACUCAAGCGGGUUGAACCGGGUCUUCUGCUGCAUAGUUUAGCCCAAGGAGGACUCGGAAUAGGACCUGGUAUGGGCCCCUUGGGUGCAGAAAGUGUCAAUGGAGGUUCUGCAUAUGGACAUCAUCAUCACUCCCACCACUUGCUGCAUCCUCUUGGGCACUUCAGGGACUUCCAGGCCCCAGGACUCCCAGAGCUGGAGAGCUAUGGCCUGCCCACUCCAGAGAUGUCCCCUCUGGAUGUUCUGGAAGACGGAGCUGGGGAAUCUGUGUUUUUCCCCCAACAUAUGCAAGAGGAGACAGGCAUGGGAGGUUGGAGUGGUUAUCACCAGCACCUUCACCAUCAAAACCAACAUUACAGCCACAAUUACAACAACCACAGUCACCACAACUCCAUAAAUGGUGCAGCAACACACAGUCAGGCUGCAGGAAUGAGUGUUAGUUCCAGUUUAAGGACCUGUUUGAAUUCCAGUUUGAGUCCAAGUAGAGAUUCCAGAGUUGAUCCUAGAAUGAGUUCUGGUGAGUCAAAUGUGACCUUGAGCAUGAACUCUAGGUUGAAUCACACCUCUAGUCACCACAUUGCCUUAAGGAGUACUGUAAAGUGCCCACCAGCUCUAUCCGACUCCUCCUCCCCUGUCCCCUACUCCCAGCUCUCCAUCAGUCUCCCCGAGCUGGUAAAAUCCCACCAAAUGCCACAUCAACCCACUGCUCCUGUCAGCUACUUCGGUCAAAUGUAUGGGAACAGCGCUCCAAAUGCAGCACAUUACAUGCCUUCUCACCUAGGGCAGCUUUCACCUCCUCCUGAAACUUCUCCUUCUUCUUGCUCAUCCUCUUCCAUGCCCACAUCAACCUUCCCUCCUCUUUUGCACUUAGAGUCUUCAAACCCGGAGUCCUCCUGCCAUUUGGGGUCUACCUCUGCUGAGUUUUGGUCAGAGGUGGACAGGCAUGAAUUUGACCAGUAUGUAAAUGUUGGGAGGAAUCGAGAGGAUGCCUACUUACAUGGUGGGGGCUGUGGUGGUGGGUCCAAAGUCCUGAGUGGGCGCAGUAGCAGUGACGUAGAUAGCAUGAAUAGCAGUUUAAUUAACAGGGAUGUCAGUAGCAUUUUGAGUGGUGCUGGUGGAUGUGAGGAUGGGAGCAGCCCUCUUAUAACUGCUCUUUCUGAUGCCAGCAGUGCUGUCUAUUACAGCGCCUGUAUCACUGGAUAAAUACUCCAUGAUCCAUAUGUACCUGCUUGCAUAAUGCACACUUUAGUUUGGUUCAUUUGAACCAUGGUUAUAUGAUCGGGAGGAAGCAUUUUGGAAAGAAUAGUUUGGGCUCAUAUUCAUAGUCAUUGCCAUGCCUUGCUUAUCACUCAUAGAUUCCAACUGUAAAUGUUAAACGUUUUUCUAAAUGUGGAUAAGGAAGGUGAGUGUUUUCAUCAUACCAAAUCUAACGUAUAAAAUGCGUAGUCUUAAAUGUAUGCAUUCCUGAACAUGAUCUUGAACAAUUGGCUGCCUAGCUGAACAGCUUUCCAUGAUAGCUGCAGGCUAGUGUGGCUAUAUUAGACAUGCUAGCAUCGGUAACUUAUGACCUAUGGGAUUGUUUGCAGGAUUUGUGAGGAAUGCAUAAUUUACUAGCUCAUGGCACCUUGGAGGCAGAAGCUCCAGCAGAAGGUGUUGGCUUUCGCUGAGCAAUUGCAAAAUCAGAUACUGUCAGUUAGCUAGCAUAGCGGAUGGAAGUCCAUUUCUGUUGCAUCACUCCAAGCUUGAUGCUUUUUAUCAAGAGAUUGCCUGUUGAUCCAAAUGAAUUGUAUAGAAAGGAAACAGGCUAAACUAGUGCAUUGUCCUGUUCGGAUGAAGACAACUGGUCUGUUUUUAGUUACUUAUCCAGGAUGCUAGGUCUCCGUGUUAGCACGGUUAUGACCCAAAUGUUUUUCUUGCAGCUACAUCUGGGUUGUUGGAUAGCAACAAGCACUUGCCUUGGUUGAGGUGUUCCACAUGUUUUUUCUCUCUGCACUCCAGUCCUUUCUGGUGACAGACAAUACUUAUAGGAAGAUUAUACAAGUACAAUUAUUUCUGUAUCGCACUGCGUGUAAUCUGGUCAUCAGAAGAAUCAGCUACAACUACAGCAAAUUGGAAUCAUAAAUAUCAUCUCAUUUUUGACAUUUCAUCUCAGGAUCAAGAAAAUACUCAUCUCUUCACUUCAUACAUUUUAUGUCCGUUAUUUUGUUUGUUAAAUGUAGACUUGAAGGACAAAGAAUGAGAAACUCUGUAGAUAGAGGAAACAAAAAGAAUGGAAGGGAGAAGCUUGAUCCAGCCGAGACAAAUCUCUGUGUUGUCGAGAAAGCCUUGGCCACAGACCCAGAGUAGACCACUGAUGUCUCCCACAAACUAUCAGGAUGUUUUACAAGCCGGUUCAGGUUUUUUUCUGACCGUAAUACAUACCGUUCCUUUUCUGUCUGAGGGCCUCAUGUCAAACUCCAUGCCAAAAUCUGGAUUGUUUAAGUUGCUUUGCUUUCUGGCAAACACAUAUACAUAAAGGUUGAUGAUUAAAAGGUCAUUCUUUUCAACCAGUAAGCCUCUGUGGUAUAACAAGCCUAUCACUUGUUGAAACAAAAACUUAUUUUUUUCAAAAGAGUAAUUUAGUUCUACAAAUAACAGAAGAUUGGGUUCUACAAAUUAAGUGCCAUUGGAAAAUGUCUUAUUUGGUAUAUGAGAACAGCUACACGUUAUACUUUAAAAUCCUUUAUAAAGAAACAUAAAUCAUGAUGAGCUGUUUGACCACUAAUUACACAUUGUCCCGUUCUUAAUGUCAUUUAAACAUUUAAGGAUGAUUUUUGGAACCUUGUUUAAAAGUAGCCAUUUAUGCUGUCUAUUGGCAGUAUGUGAAGGAGAAAUUGAGACUAUGAAAUGUUCUCUUUGCACUGGGUUUAAUGUAAUAGCUGUAUAGAAGCAACACUACUUAAUUACUACAUAAUUUUGAAUGUUUUUGUACAGAAAGGACUGUCUUUGUUUUGUUAUGUUGUAGAUUUUGUUUUGUACAUUUCAUUUCUUAAAGGAAUAGCUCGACAUUUUAGAAAAAGAUUUGCUCUCUUGCUGAGAGUUAGAUGAGAAGAUCGAUAUCACUGGAGCCUGGGGGUAUUUAGCAUCGCUGAGCAGAAAGACAGCAAUCAGCUUUUUUUUUCUUCCAAAUUAAAAAGAUUUCCCACCAGGACCUCUAAUAGAUACUAAUUACAUUUGUGUAUCUUAUUUGUUUAUUCUGAGCACACAUAGUUACAUCAUGUCACUCCCAGUAGAACCAUAACUUGCAGGUUGUUUGGUCCAAUUUGUGUCCUAAUUAACAUUAAAGGUGUAAAUUAUAAAUCUUGAUUGAUCCAGGCUGGCUGUCUAAACAAGGCUUCCGGUUCCAACACCCUACUUAUGCCUCAGACAUGACAGUGAUAAUGAUAUUCACACUCUUAGCAAGAAAAUAUUGAACUAUUCAUUUAAAAAUAAUUUGAAUAUAAAAAUCAUUGGAGCAGUGAGUUUCCACUUGUCAUACAAAAUGUUGUUUAUUGUCUGUGUGUGUGUGUGUGCGUGUGUGUGUGUGUGUGUGUGUGUGUGUGUGUAAACAUGCCUUCAAAAUAAAAUCUUGAAUUG